AUGGCGGCGGCAGCGGCGCACAGCGUCCGCGUCCUGCGCGAGCUGAACCGGCAGCGCGUGGCCGGGCAGUUCUGCGAUGCGACGCUGGGCGUGGGCGGGCGGGAGUUCCGCGCCCAUUGGCCAGUACUGGCCAGCUGCUCCCGCUUCUUCCGCGCCCGCGAGCCCGGCAGGCCGGUGGCGCUGCCCGAGGGUCUCGCCGACACUUUCCAGCUUCUCCUUGACUUCUUUUACACCGGCCGCCUGGCGCUUACCGCCCAUAACCGCGCCCGGCUCCUGGCCGCCGCCGAGCAGCUCGGCGUGCCCGACGCCGUAGCGCUCUGUCGCGCCUUCCGUCCCGCCGGUCCCCGCCAGCGGCCCCGCCGCCCCGCUGCUCCCGCCCUGAGCCCCCAGCGGCCCGGCGGUGCGUGAUGGGAACGGGAGGACGGGAAGAAGCGAGGGGGUGGCCGCUCUGCGGGCGAGACGCGGUGACGGCCGCCUGUUCCCUCGCAGGGUCCCCCCCCGGCCCCGGAGGAGGUAGUGGGCGACGGCGGGGCGGGGGACAGCGACACCGAGCCCCUUUCCGAGGAAAAGGCCCUACAGAGCAAAAAGACUCCCCCGCCGGGGAAGGCACCCGGCGGCACGGGGGCGGCGGAGACACCGGGGAGCAGAAAAGGUACAGCGGUGCCGGUCGAGUGCCCCACAUGUCAUAAAACCUUCCUCAGCAAAUAUUACCUUAAAGUGCACAACAGGAAACAUACUGGAGAGAAACCCUUUGAAUGUUCCAAGUGUGGCAAAUGCUACUUCAGGAAAGAGAACCUCCUGGAGCACGAGGCCCGUAACUGCAUGAACCGCUCGGAGCAGGUGUUCAGCUGCUCGGUCUGCCAGGAGGCCUUCAAGAGGCGCAUGGAGCUGCGGCUGCACAUGGUGUCACACACCGGAGAGAUGCCCUACAAGUGCUCCUCCUGUGCCCAGCAGUUCAUGCAGAAGAAGGACCUGCAGAGCCACAUGAUCAAGCUCCACGGCGCACCAAAGCCCCAUGCGUGCUCGACCUGCUCCAAGUGCUUUCUGUCUCGGACAGAGCUGCGCCUGCACGAGGCCUUCAAGCACCGUGGAGAGAAGCUGUUUGUGUGUGAGGAGUGUGGGCACAGGGCCUCUAGCCGGAAUGGCCUGCAGAUGCACAUCAAGGCCAAGCACAGGAACGAGCGGCCCUAUGUCUGCGAGUUCUGCCACCAUGCCUUCACGCAGAAGGCCAACCUCAACAUGCACCUGCGUACCCACACUGGGGAGAAGCCCUUCCAGUGCCACCUCUGCGGCAAGACCUUCAGGACACAAGCGAGCCUGGACAAGCACAACCGGACACACACCGGGGAGCGGCCCUUCAGCUGCGAGUUCUGCGAGCAGCGCUUCACCGAGAAGGGGCCCCUGCUGCGGCAUGUUGCCAGCCGCCACCAGGAGGGCCGGCCACACUUCUGCCAGAUCUGUGGGAAGACCUUCAAAGCUGUGGAGCAGCUGCGUGUCCACGUCCGCCGGCACAAGGGUGUCAGGAAGUUCGAGUGCUCCGAGUGCGGCUACAAGUUCACGCGGCAGGCUCACCUGAGGCGCCACAUGGAGAUCCACGACCGGGUGGAGAACUACAACCCGCGGCAGCGCAAGCUGCGGAACCUGGUGAUUGAGGACGAGAAGACUGUGGUGGUGGCACUGCAGCCGCCGCCUGAGCUGGAGGUGGGCUCAGCUGCGGUGAUCAUGGAGUCUCUGUCCCGUGGCUCCCUGCCCGAGGAGAUCCCUGUGGGGCGACUCUCACCAGUGGAUGUGAUCGAGCAGGCACUGAUCCUAACGACGCUCCCCGAGCACUGUGGAAUGUAGCAGGCACCCACGUGGCUCUCAGAAUACAGCUUGGGGCUGCUCCCACCCCUGACUGCAGGAACCUGACCUUACUAUGAAGUUACGAUCAGGCCCCAGAGGAAGGGCUGAGCACGAAGCUCCUCAUAAAGGCUCCUUUAAUAAACAUCCA